AUGUCUGAAGCCGAAGAGUCCUCUUCAUACCCUCCCAUAGACCCGGUGAACUUCGAUCUCAUCAUCAUCGGUACUGGACUUCCCGAAUCGAUCAUCGCCGCCGCCGCAUCGGCCGUAGGUAAGACCAUCCUCCACCUCGACCCUAAUUCCUUCUAUGGAAGCCAUUUCUCUUCCCUCUCUCUAGAAGAAAUCACCUCCUACCUCAAUUCCCCUCCCAAAUCCACCACCGUCGCCACAUCAUCAAGCGAUGAUUCCGACUACGCCGUCAUAAACCUCAUACAUCAACCUCUUAUAUCCGACGCAGAGCUUAUUUCGUGCAACUCUAUCGACGAAACCACGUUUCUUCUAGAAAAUUCGAGAAAGUUCAACCUCGAUUUGGGAGGACCUAGGGCUUUGUUCAGCGCGGACAAGACAAUCGACCUGUUGUUGAAAUCAGAUUCACGUGGAGCCAUUUUUAGAGACAAGAAGCUUUCGCUUAAGGAAAAAAACCAAUUGAUGAAGUUCUUUAAGCUUGUUCAGCAACACUUGGAUGAUAAUGAGGAUGGGAAGAUUUCAGAGGAAGACAUGGAGAGUCCUUUUGUUAGUUUCUUGGAGAAAACUGGGUUGCCGCCAAAGAUAAAAGCGAUUCUUUUGUAUGCUAUAGCCAUGGUAGAUUAUGAUCAAGAAAAUGGCGAGGUUUGUAAAGAUUUACUUGCAACGAAAGAUGCAAUAGAUCUUUUAGCUCAAUACAGCUCAUCUGUUGGAAGGUUUCCCAGUGCACCGGGGCCUUUGAUUUACCCUAUUUAUGGUGAAGGAGAACUACCACAAGCUUUUUGUCGUCGUGCUGCUGUCAAAGGUUGCAUUUAUGUUCUCCGGAUGCCGGUUAUUUCUCUGCUUAUGGAUAAGGUUACUGAGUCGUAUAAAGGAAUGGUGGCAAGGGGAAUAUGCAUCACAAGGAGUUCCAUAAAGCCAGAUGUGUCAAAUUGCUCUGUGGUGUAUCCUCCUAGAUCUCUAUAUCCUGAUCAGCUUACAUCAGUCAGAGCUCUUCAGAUAGGAUCAAAUCUCACUGUUUGUCCUGUGGGCACCUUUGUUUUAUAUUUUUCCACUUUGUGCAAUGAUGCCGAUGAAGGAAAGAAGUUACUAAAAGCAUCCAUGAAGGCUCUUCUUACAUUGCCUAUAUCUGGAAACACAGAAAGUACUUCCAUUGUUCAAAGUGACAGUGAAGAUAAAAAAGCCGUUGUGCUCUGGAGUGCAAUUUAUGUUCAAAAAUUAACUACGAGUGAAUUUGAAGCUAUCAGUUCCACUCCAACACCAGAUGGAAAUCUAAAUUACAAUGACCUUGUAGAUGCAACUGAGAAGCUAUUUAGUCAAAUGUACCCCAAUGAAGAAUUCUUCCCAAAGACGACAUCCCCUGAAGAUUCCACAGACGACGGCGAUAAUGGGAUAAUUAUGGAGAGCUAA